GAAGAAGAAUUAGCUUCUAAGACCAUUCAAAUACAGUCGAAGAGAUUCUAUAUCGACGUCAAGCAAAACAAGAGAGGCAGAUUUAUUAAAAUGGCUGAGGUUGAUGUAUCUGGAAGAAAGAAACGUUUGGUAUUUUCUAUGGCAACGGCUUCAGUUUUCCGAGACAAACUUUCCAUAUUUGCUGAUUAUUAUACCGGUUUAGAACACCCAGAAAUGGAUGAUACGGGAACUCUUAAAAGUGAAUUUAUCAAUAAAGAUGAGAGAAGGUUCUAUUACUUGGACCUUAAAGAAAAUUCAAGAGGAAGAUAUCUCAGGGUGGCCAUGACAAUUCCCCUUUCAAGGCAGAGAUUUCAAAUAGGAAUACCAGCUCAGGGCAUGAUAGAGAUCAGGGACUCGCUGACGGAGCUUUUGAAAGAAUUUGGAGAUUACACUUGCGAUGAUUCCAGCAUGCCAGGAGCGAGGCAAUUGAAAGUAGACAAUAAAAUGUUCUACUUCGACAUCGGUCAAAACAAAAGAGGAACAUAUAUGAGAAUAUCUGAGGUUAGGAGCAACUUUAGAACGGCUAUAACGAUACCUGAAAAAUCCUGGGUCAAGUUCAGAAACAUCGUGGCUGACUUCUCUGACGAUCUUUCAGCUCCAACAACUGCAACCUCUUCAAAUAAACUCGACAAAGAAGUUAAGGUGAAGGUAGAAAGCCCUGAAGUUAUUGCAGUCAAUUAA